GCCCCGCCCCCCCGCCGGGCCAGUUAACCCGGGGCUCCGGCGCGGGCGCGCAGUUUUCGGAGCGGCAGCAGCGGCGGCGGCGUGGACGGGGGUGUCUGUCCCGCCGCGGUCAUGGCCACGGUUCGGGAGAAGGCGGCGGCGCUGAACUUGUCGGCUCUGCACAGCCCCGCGCAGAGGCCUCCGGGUCUCAAUGUGGCCCAGAAGCCGUUUGGAGCCACGUACGUGUGGAGCAGCAUUAUAAACACGCUUCAGACCCAAGUGGAGGUGAAGAAACGGAGGCACCGCUUAAAGCGGCACCACGACUGCUUCGUGGGCUCCGAGGCGGUGGACGUCAUCUACGCUCACUUAACUCAGAACAAAUUCUUCGGGGAGGUCGAAAUCCCUCGGGCCAAAGUGGUGAGGGUCUGCCAGGCACUCAUGGACUACAAAGUCUUUGAAGCGGUCCCCACCAGAGUCUUCGGGAAGGACAGGAAGCCUGCCUUUGAAGACAGUAGCUGCAGCCUCUAUAGGUUCACGACUCUGCCAGGUCAGAACAGUCAGCCAGGCAGCGAGAACCAAGUGUGCCCACCUUCCAGGUACUCAGAUACAUUAUUUAAGUCACCUGAUAUCAAGUCGGACAGUUUGGAGGACCUGUGGGAAAAUCUGAGUUUAAAGCCUGCCAACUCCCCUCAUAUAAAUAUCUCUGCCAGGCUGUCUCCUCAAGUUAUUAAUGAAGUAUGGCAAGAAGAGACGAUUGGACGUCUACUACAACUUGUCGACCUCCCGUUUCUUGACUCCUUACUCAAACAGCAAGAGACUGUACCUAAAGUCCCUCAGUCUAAGAGACAGCCUGGCGUGGUCAACACCACUAACUAUCUGGACCGGGGGAUUCUCAGGGCCUAUGGUGACUCUCAGGAAGAUGAAUGGAUCUCUGCAGCCAUCGACUGCUUGGAGUAUCUUCCUGACCAGAUGGUUGUGGACAUAAGCAGAAAUUUUCCUGAGCAACCAGACAGAACAGACUUAGUGAAGGAACUUCUGUUCGAUGCUAUUAGCAAAUAUUAUAGCACUAGGGAGCCUCUGUUAAAUCACCUGUGUGACGUCCAUAACGGAAUAGCGGAGCUCCUAGUAAAUGGGAAGACAGAAAUAGCAUUAGAAGCUACUCAGCUGUUUCUGAAGCUUCUGGAUUCCCAAAAUAGAGAAGAAUUUCGAAGACUGCUGUACUUCAUGGCUGUCGCAGCGCAUCCUUCUGAAUUUAAGCUCCAGGAAGAAAGUGACAAUCGGAUGGUUGUGAAAAGGGCGUUCUCCAAAGCUAUUGUCAACAAUAAACACUUAUCCAAAGGCAAAACUGAUCUCCUCGUACUCUUCCUAAUGGAUCACCAAAAAGAUGUCUUCAAGAUUCCUGGAACGCUACAUAAAAUUGUGAGUGUUAAGCUUCUGGCCAUACAAAAAGGAAGAGAUCCUAAUAAAGACACAGGCUAUAUUUACUGCCAGAGAAUUGAUGGAAGGGACUAUUGUAGCAGUACACAGAAGAAAACCAAAGACGAACUGUUGAACUUACUCAAGACUAUUGAUGAGGAUUCAAAACUCUCUGCCAGAGAGAAGAAGAAACUGCUAGGCCAGUUCCAUAAGACUCACCCAGACAUCUUCAACGAGUAUUUUGGAGACUGAACUUCUGGUGUCGGUGUGUAUGUGCACUAUGUAUUUUAAGGACAAAUUAUGUAGCCUAAAGAUAUUUUUAGCUUGGAUGUCUAAAUAUGAAGUUGUACUUAAUAAAAAAUUUUAUACUUGUA